UCAUUUAAAGGAGAAUGGCCUUGAAUCGGACCGGAAAACCUUCUCCUUCCUCCUCCUCUCCUUGCGAACAACGAUCGCCUCCCAUAUCAGUUGUUCCUUAGCCAUUUCCGGCCGAUCAACGGCCAAGGACUGCCACUUCGUGCGACCCAGCCAUCGUCUCGAAAUCCUCUUGACAUCCUAGCUCGAUUUUCUUUAUUCUUUGGCUGCUGAGAGAGAGAGAGAGAGAGAGAGAGGGAGAGAGAUUGGCCGAACUUAUUCCGACUAACCUACGACCGGCGAUUUCAGUCAUCAAGGAACUGGAAACAUUUAUAGGGUUUUGUUUUGGAUCCCAUGGAUACUUCAAUUGCUGAAGGCGGUUUCACAACUUAAUUUUACUACUUAAAAUUUGAUAAGGGCAAGCUUGCAUAGGAAGACUUUGGUUUUGGUGUAAAAAUUAUGGUAGGGAAUUCAUUAGCUCAGGUUUCAACAGGCCCUGCUACCAUGUUAGCAUCAUCAUUGACUGUUCUACCCCAUGGUUUGCCUUAUCUUCCAUCAAGACAGAAGAAACAACUCAGGCAGGUUAGAGCUAUGUCGGCAGACGUAGGACCUAGCCAAGCAUCCUCAUCUUCAUCAGAGAAAAAGAACCCACUUGCAGUUGUUUUGGGGGUUCCUCAAAAUGUUUGGAGGCAAACAUUAAAGCCAUUGAGUGAUUUCGGUUUUGGAAGGAGGAGCAUUUGGGAAGGUGGAGUUGGGUUGUUUCUUGUGUCAGCUAUUGUACUUUCUACACUUAGUUUGGCUUGGUUGAGGGGGUUUCAAUUACGUUCGAAAUUCAGGAAGUAUUUGGCUGUAUUUGAGUUUGCUCAAGCUGGCGGUAUUUGCACAGGAACCCCAGUUAGGAUUAGAGGGGUGACUGUUGGCAAUGUCAUCAAAGUUAAUCCUUCCUUAAGAUGUAUUGAAGCAGUUGUUGAGGUUGAAGAUGAUAAAAUAAUCAUACCUAGAAAUUCGCUAAUCGAGUUGAACCAGUCAGGUCUUCUUAUGGAAACAAUCAUUGAUAUUACACCUAAAGAUCCAAUUCCAUCACCAUCUGUAGGACCUCUUGAUGCUGAGUGCGUUAAGGAAGGUCAAAUUGUAUGCGAUAGGCAAAAGAUAAAGGGACGUCAAGGAGUAAGUUUAGAUGAAUUGGUUGGGAUAUUUACCCGUUUGGGACGUGAAAUGGAGGAAAUUGGUGUUUCUAAGAGUUACACGCUGGCUGAGCGUGUUGCUGCUGUAAUUGAAGAGGCAAAACCACUGCUUACAAAGAUCCAGGAAAUGGCUGAAGACAUUCAACCUUUGCUGGCUGAGGUUCGUGAUGGUGGUCUUCUUAGGGAAGUUGAAACUUUGACUAGAAGUCUAACGCAAGCCUCUGAAGAUUUAAGAAGGGCACAUGUAUCUAUUAUGACCCCAGAGAACACAGAGUUGAUUCAAAAGUCCAUUUACAGUCUGAUAUUUACUUUGAAAAACAUUGAGAAUAUAAGCUCUGAUAUUCUGGGGUUUACGGGUGAUGAAGUUACAAGACAGAACUUGAAAGCGCUUAUCAAGUCUCUAAGUAGGAUGUUAUGAAGGCUAGUAAAAGGUGAAAAUAGCAAUGGGUAACUUUCAAAGUUGAUUGGGUGCCUGAAAUGGUUUCCUUCAUUAUACUAGGCACACGACAGAGCCAUAGUGGAUCUUACAGGUCAGCUCCCUUCUGGUUGCAUUUGUGAAGAAGGCUUCACGUUAGAGCCUCAGAGGUACUUGUUGCAUUUUUUUUAAUGAAGUCCUGUCAGAUGUUUCUCUUAACCCAGUCAGAAAAGAAUAAUAGAAGCUCUUUUGUUAUAGAAAACUUGUGAUUAGCAUUUUGAAUACUUGGAAAAGCUUUGAUUUUUUUGUUGUAGGAUUUUGAUUUCCCAGCUAAAAGAAAGUUUCUAGAGAAAAAUAGAAUACCAUAUUGAAAAUUUACUGCC